CACCGCAAGAUGGCGGCCAAGUACGCUGAUAUUGACAGGUGCUGAGAGAGCAUGGCGGCCAGUGUUUACGACAACUGAUCGCGACCGAUCGAAUUUGCGGAUCAUCCGGCUGAUUCGUGUAUUGUGUACGAUUCCUCCUUUGACACAGUUUCAUCGGUAUCUCCGAACCGUACGUUGAUCGUUCGCAUUAGUUUCUACCCAAAGAAAAUCGAGUGUACAGUUGAUCCGGUCAGUGAAACGCGUGUCCCAAUCUCGAAAGUUUGGGAUCAGGUGGUGAAUUUGUCGCUGAUACGGGAGUGCUUUCGAAGCGGAUCAUCGGAAUAUUACGAGAUUCGUUCUAAUCUGACAAGAGUUACGAAGGAGUCUCGUGCAAACUGGAAACAUAGGACUUACGCCCACGUAGGAGGAAUAGGAGGAAAACGACGAGCGGUUCUAGUUCGCUUCCGGUCACGCGAUUCUCUCUUUAAUGAAUAGACGUCGACGCUGAACGACAAAGUUGUUGCCUUCGUGGUGCACGAUUCUUUUAUUUUUUUUUCUUCGUUUUUCGUCGACGAUAAGAACACGUUCACCAAAUGUGCCGUUAUCUAUCUUGACGUCGGCCCCAGCACCGUACCAGGACGCUUUAUUUUCAUACUCGAAAACCGGAAGCACGGGGUGCACUGUAACCAUUGUCAUGGGCCACUGUUUAUCCUUCGUGAUACGUUCUUAUCUUAUCCGCUAGUCCUUUUACCUCUUGCUGGCGACCAAGAUACCGACGUUUGCUCGUCUUAAAUUUCCUCAUCUUUUUUUCUACCGUUUUCAUUGGGUGGUGAAAACGGGGCUACAAAGAUCGGUGUUAUAAAAUAAAUUUUUGAGAAAUAGGUUGACUGGCAAAGAUCGAACCGCUCGAAAGCGCAAUAACGACGGAAUUCUCUGGAGCUUCCGCUGGAAAUAAUUUGCCACGGUAUAGUUACCGGUGUUUUAACCGGAUUACCAAGAUGAUAUCAGGAAUUUUACCACGGUAAUUAACGCCGCUUCUCGAUAGAAGUACAGAGAUUCGAAGCGCGUUCCUCUUUUCCGGUUGAACCCGUGAGAUAGAAGAGCAAUUAAUUAACGGUCUCGUUAAUCAACGAAAUGCUCAUCUUCACGGUCUACCUAGUGAUACGCUAAAUCGCUUUUGUACGAUUAUUUUCUAAUUUUCUCUUAUUCCAUUAAUUUCUUUGGCGAAGAUAUGAAAAUAAAAAUUUAAGAGAGAAGUUAGCUUUAUCUAAGGGAUACUUCUUUUCUCUUUAUCUUUCCCGCGUCCGACUCGGUUUGUCUGUUUAUUUAGGAGAGCAAGAAGCAACUAAUAGGAAACAACGUUCAUCCGCUCAUGAUCCGUUUAUAGAAGUCGGGCUCUGAUGCAUUGUAAACAAUGAGAGGAACGAACGAACUCGCUCGACCUUUAUCCACGGGGUUCAACGUUUUCCAUAUUAUCAGGAACAUCCUUUUCAACUCGCAAAUUGGUGUAAAGUGCUUGUACCAGCGGGGUUACAUCGUCUUCGUUUCGUCUUUCUGUUCUUUCUGUAUUACCGUUGUCAUCGUCGCACGCGGUCCAUCGUGGGUGGAUUAUACGAGAUGAGUCAAUGCUUGCCGUCACUCCAAAUAUAUGCAUCUUAUUUUUGAAAAAAAGAAAAAGAAUCGCAGAUAUUACUGUUGUUCCACGAUUGCUAUCAGACCUCGCACCGACAUAGUUCACAGCGAUAAAAAUGAAUUCUUAGUUGGCUAAUAGCAGAUCAGAAUUACGAUAAAAUAAUGGAUCUGUUCGGACGUCUCUGGGUAGAAGCGAGAUCACGGUUUCCAGGCUGAACUUUAAUGAAUUUCAAUUGAUUCGUCUUCUCUUCUCGUUUAGGAGCACCGUGGCUGUGUUAAGCACUGCGACGUGCACCGGGUUUAUGAUAUCUACGUGACUGGCUCACUGUUUUUUUUUUUUUUUCAUUCGACGAAUUUCUAUGCAGUUUUAGUCGAACAUUUACGUGGGGGUCGCUUAAAAAAAAGGAAAAGAAGAAAAACACAAGGAGAUCGUUGAAGAGAGGGAACAGAGUUACCGGUUGUUAGCCCUUUGAUCGUCGCCUUUUUCUCUAUUAUCUUUCCCAAAGGGUUUUUUUGCCCGCGGAACAGUGCGAGAUCGGGUGUAAAGGAGGAAAUGCAUAAAUAUUAAUCGUCAGCUUCCAACGGACAAAAUGGAGCGUUAACGAGGCUGUUUGCCAGCAGCCAGCAGACAUUACCAUUGCUGAUCGCGUUCUGAGGGUUCUGCUCGCGCAGCUGUGUCGACACACGGUGCAAACAUCGACUUUCCAUGCGAUUCCUAUGCAGGGGAGAAUACUGCAACGAAAUAAGAAAACCAAGACAGCAUGCUAUCAUUUUCUUUUUCUUCCCUUCGUUUUUGUUACUCCUGGAAACCUGGUCCAAUUAUCCCGACCGUCGUAAUAGCUUUUCCAGUCGGAAAUUUUAAAUAAAAGAGUAAGAAAGUAAAUCCCGAAAGAAUAAUUCGUCGGCGAAUGAAAUUCAUCCGUGAAUUUCGGGCCACACAGUGGUAAAGCAAACAUCAAAUAUUUACUCCUCCCAUAUACUUACGGGGAUCGAUACUAAUUUACUUACAGCGAAACGGGAGGCUGCAUCAACGAGUCAGUCACUUUUCUAUUUCUCAUUCGUUCACUUAUAAUCCAUUACGAUAUUAGUUUGCCGUUCGUUAAGGUAAUAACGUUUGGCUUUGAUGAUAUUAUCUGCUGUAGUACAGAUCGCUCGAAUAUUUUUAUUACAAUUACGGAUCGAUUCGAAUUGGGGAGGAAAUUGAAAGAUUAUCGUUUACUAUUUUUAAGACUUUCUUACUCAAUCGAGUACAAUGAACCGUUAGGGGUGCAUUUUCUAAAUACUGUCGACUCCUGGUGAUAUCUACCGAGCAAAGCAAAGAUUACAACACUUUCGUACGAUGCACCACGUGGUUGGUACACAUUCUCAAGACCCUGACGCGACAACACCUGUCGGAAGGUCGCUGCAUCGCGUCGCUCCGGACGGGCCACCUACCACUCUGACAUUCAAGGACCUCUUACAUACCUUUCCUCUCUUACGCUUUCUUCGUUUCACGGAUGGGCAAAUAAUCGAGCGGCCGUAAUGUAAAAAGGUGAACACGCGCGAGUUUCUUCAUCGUCUGGUGAGAGAAAGACGAAGAGCUACGGUAACGAGGUAGAGAAUAAGACAGACGAUAUGCGUGAACGAACGAAAGAAAGAAGGAGCAAGCAAACGUUACUUGAUAAAGAAAGGAAGAACACAGCAGUGCGAGGGUAAUGGAAAUGCUAAGCAGGCCCAGAAGAUGGAUAAAGAUGGGGAAUGGAGAAGUGCGUGAGUGAGAAAUGCGUGUGCGAGGGACACACGGUAGCUUCUCAUAGAGAAGAAGAGACAGUCGUUGGUUUGCCGCAAGGCUGCCUGCAUCGAACAGACGAAAGAAACGUGUGCGCCCACACCCUUCGUCGCGUGUACAAUCGAGUCAUCGAAAUUCUCACUAGUGACAUACACCUCGUAAUCUUAACUCGUUGAAUACCGUGGAGGUCACUGGUGGACUCGCAUCAUCGUUCCAAUCUAACAGUGUCGGUGUUAUUUAGCACACAAUUCAACAUUUAAGGGAACAGAACGUCGUUGAAGGUAAAUCAUCCAAGUGAUUAUGGAAUGGUUUUUCGAGUGCAAUGAACAAGAAUUUUAAUUGAAAUGUAAUUGAGAUUGUGGCGGGAAGAUAUUGUUGAAAAUUGAAUAACGUUAUGGUUUGGUGUUGAAGAGAGCUUGCUCGAGGAUAGAAGUCGGUGAUUGGGUGCAACCCGGCUUCCACGAGUUGCUCCGAAAAUAAUCGUCGUAUUUUUACCGCCUCUUCAUGCCCACUUCGCUAACGCUGGAAGCCGCACAAAGUGGCGUUAAUUCGGUGUGAAGCAAUACCUCGAAGAUGUCACGUCUUCGUCGUCGUUAGGACUGGUAAUUGCUUAUUUAAUACACGGAAAUUGUCGCGACGUGUUCCAUUUCGACCAAGGAGCAUCAUAUUUUCUACGUUUCUAACGGUAACACCACGGUAAUACCUUAAAAAUGUCACAGACUUUCUCAUUGUUACGUCGAAACAGUAAUUUAGUCAUUAUUUCUGGUCAGGUAUUUCAGUUUCGUGAUGAAACUGUUUCGUUUUUCAGUAACCCCUUGCUUUAUAAUACCGUCCCAUAAAAGAGUCAAACUUUUAUUAAAAUUCCAAAUGUAACGUGUGAAAUUAAGGAAUAUUUCGAAAUAUCAAACAUAGGUACUAAUAAUAAGAGGAAUCUUAGAAACAGAAAUAAUAGAGAAAACAAAGUAGUGUAGUCAAUAAUGCGUCCGACUAGAAAUCUAAGGGUCGCGGGUUCGAGUCCCCAAAUAUUGUUGGUGUUUUUCCAAAUUUUCUGCAAUAAGUAAAAUCCAAAGAUAUGACGUCACGCGUUUGUCAUAAUUGCUCAUUCAAUUAUUAUCAGCAAUAUUCCCACAUUUCAUGUUUCUCGAUAAAAGUACGCUCGAUUUCCGUUGUUACUUCAACAAAACGGAGGUACGUUUUUCCCCCGACACGCGGUCUGUCAUCCAAUGUUCGAUAAACGUCACAUCGUCGCCGUCCUUAUCGGUGCUUUCUGUCGCGCAAACUUUCGUUGCUCGUGUUUCGAAACUGUGUUUCCACUGGGGUAGGACGACAAUGCGCAUCGCUCCGUCUGGUCAAGUGAAAAUCUCACCACACGAGUUGUGUCGCUGAAUUUUCUCUGUCAGAAAUUCACAAGGAUAUAGAAUCGGGAACGAUCGAAGAGCAGAGAAACUCUCAGCUUCGCUUCCAUCGUCGCCCACGCGACCACGAGAUUUCCAACAAUUUCGACUUCGCUCAAAGUUUCCGUCACCGUGAGACUGAUGAGCAGAGAGUGGAAACGCGUAACGGGAAUUCCAGCCACGGUUGGGUGACGAGAUUCUCUCACACCUGGUUGUUCGAAUAAAAUUAAUCUUUAAAACUUGCCGUUCGAAUGAGAAAAUAUUUCCUGUAGUUCAAAAUCAUUUAUCUCCGAUUCAAUAAAUUCCGUUAAUUAGUGGAAAAGGAUUUAUUGAAAAUUUCAUUAUUCGAUUAAAACGCGUUCACUGACAUAGUGAAAAUGACCAUGUAUACGAGUGUGCAGGUGAAUGAAUUCUCGCUCUCACGAUUUGCGUUCGCCUCUUUAGCCUGUCCAUCGACCCUAACUAGCUAUUUAUAUACACGAGCUUCUUGUCUCUGUGCUCGUGGCAUCUGCGUAUCUAAUAGGUAGGCGCGUGUGUUCAUACACGCUCGUGUUCGCCCAAUUAUAAGCAUCACGGAUAUCGAUACACGCUCGCGAUGGAAUACAAAUACGCGAAUCGCCGGUGAACACGAUUUUCAUCGCUGCUUGCACGGAAGGCAAGAUCAAGAAUUCUAGAUUAACACGUUUACCGGCACCGGUAGAAAUAGCCAUGACUAGUACUUUCAAUGAUAAUAUGGGAUUAUCAAGGAUAAUAAAGAUUAAUUCCUUUAAUCUAAUAGUGGAAUUUUCUACUUCCAGUCACUACUGGAAAUUUCUAAAUUCAUCUAAAUUAAAUCGCUAUUAGAGAGUUAUAAAUUUUCUAAAACGCACGAUCGUUAUAGCUCGCGGAUGCAGAGAGGCUAAAUUUGUAGCGAAAGAGAAGUUUCUCUCUUUCUGGUGAAGUCAGCAUAAUGCAGCUCCAUACAUGACCGCAACUUCACAAGCUUCUUCUUUGAGAAUUUUUCUUUUUAAUUAAUCAGCUAACCAAGUGAAAACUGAUUGGGUGAUCAGCGAUCCAGAACACGAACAAGGGUGCUGUAUAUGUCCUGAGACCCUUGAUGAAGUCAACCGCAAUACUGACAAAACGCUUACACACAAAAGCCUCAGACAAUACUAAUCUUCCUUCUUCACUUUCAUAUAUACCGUUCUUUCGAAUAGGUGCAAUUCUUUCUUCCUUUUGUACCCUUUCUUUGCUCCAUCGAUUGUUUGACGAAUCAAGCCAAAAGCGUGCACGUACAGAGAGAGAGAAGGGGGGAGAAAAAGAACAAUCCCCUCGUCCAUUGAAUCGCGUGUCGAUAGACAUCGAAAAAGGUAAGGGAGUACGCCAUGUUAGACCACCAUCGUCACUCGGUGAAUAUGCUUAACGCAUAAUUAUGAGGGAGCAGCUGCGAGAUGGCACGUAUACGUUUUUCAAAACCACCGCUAUGCAUCUUCGUCACGACGAUGUGUUCGGUGUCUGACCGGAAAUACCGCGAUAUGGUAUCCACGAACAUCGUUUAUGGUCACUGGAUAUUAUCGAGAGCUUCGAUCGGACGUGUCUAACUCUUUACGGUAGUUCGAUCUUAUCCGUUUCAAUAUCCUUAUUUGCAAAAUGUUUAACUCUUUUUCCCAGUGGUUUUCAACCACUCUGUACGAAUCCGUCGGUGACAAAAGGGUUUAAUUCGAAUCUGUAGAGAAAGGGUGGCGAAUCCGGUGUAGGAAUAUGAUAAAGUGUGUAUCGCGUAAGAGCAGAAGCGGAUCCGUUGUUCUCGUUCUUCUCGUUGCUCGCGGAACAAAAGCAGCCGCGGAUCGUAAAUAAAACGUCGAUAGAUCCCGUGCCCGUUACAAUUCUCCGGACAAAAGUAUCUCCAAGUUCAUCGAACUACGCUCACGCUACUGGACGAUAAUACGCUCUUGUAACAAUGAACAAACAACGUUUUUCAAUGUGUCUGCUUUCCAUUGAAAAUGCACGAUACGCGACACCACGGAUCACGCACGGCUGUACUUUCACGCGUGCUUUCCACGCGUCACGUGCCACGGCUUUCUUUCGUUCUUCCAAUAGCUUCCUGACAUGCCGAUCGCGCGACACCGAAUUACACUGUCGAUUCAAAUGUAUUCGCUCAGUGUCAACACGUUCCACGUGUUGCUGAUGUAACGGUGAUUCACGAUAUGUAUCGGACUUUUGAUUGGCAAUCGCUCAUCAAUUUCACGAUUUGCUGCAACUCUCUUCGAUUCAAGGAAAUUCACGGCCAAUUAGUAAUUUACAACAAACGCCCAGAGUUAUGCGAAAUUUCCCAGAGCUCGCGAUAUACCAGUGCUUCUCAUCCGGGUAACUUGAAAUUCGAAAGUAGAAUGCGAAAGAGUGGAGAACACGUUUGAUAGAAAGAUCCGCUUGCGAUCGAGUAUUCAAACUAGCUCGUCCGUACGGCUUCUAAUCAGCGCCGGGCGCGUGUAAUAAUAAAACAAACGAGUAGACAGGAAAUAGAUAAGCGACGAUAAGAGAAGGCAGAACGAAGAAUCGCUGUUCAUUGUCGAUCGCAGACCGGAUGGCGUGUAAGCAGCGCGUACCCCUAUGUUCCCUUAUGUUGUGAUGUCGGUGCACGGUGGUUCGAAGUUCAAGGCCGUCUCGUGCAUCGACUCGUGUAAUUAGCAGGGAAACUUUGUUAUAGAAAAAUGUAGGGAGAAAGAUUUUUAAGAAUCCUAACGAAACUUGGCCAAUAUUCUGCCUGUCGUCUGACAAACCAUCGACCUUUUCCCCUGAAACGACUUUGUAUAUUCGAGUGGAAAUGGCGACAGACGAGAGGGUUCGAAGAAAUUUCUUCUCUGGCAGGCUGUGCGUGGCAAUCGUUUUCUCCCUGUCUCGCCUCCAUCGUUGCUGGUUCGUUCGAAACGCGAAUUCUUUUCUCUCGUCGUUGCUCGCGGCAGCUGUCAGCGACGAAGCCUCCGACUAGCCACGGAUCGAUAAUUCAGCAUUCUCACGAGCCCGAUCCAAAGAGAAGGCAACGAAUGGACGCGAAGGGUCGGGUCGACCCUAAAGGGGGAGAGAGAAAGAUGCGCAGAAAAAAGGCUGCCCUCUUGCCGCACGCUAAUUUGCAUCAGGGAUACGUACACACCGGGAGGAUCCCUUUUGGCUGGAGCACGUAUCAACAGGGGUAUCUAACGAUGGGACGAGGGUCGAAAAACCACCUAGGGUACCGAUAAACGCUCUUCUCGGACGAGUCUCCUUUAGUCUCCUUCACGAAUCGUUUCACCGAAAAUUAAAUUCUAACAGCAUAAGAGUUUAAUAGCACGAAAGCCUCCCUCACGGUUGAAAUGGUGCAAGUGGGCCCUUCGCAUUCUCAUUUUCCCUUGCAUUCAACUAUUUUAUCCAAGAAAUUAUAUCCACAAUGUCUGAAAUUCCAUACGCGGUAGGAUGGAACCUUUGACACUUGCAAUUCUAUUAACUGCGGUAAGAAAAUUGUCUUCCUCGCGGAGAAGAUUGAUAACGAAGGAAAUUCUUGAAGAAACGAAAGAAAAAAAAAAAGGAUAGUCGUUCUCGGUCGGCGUCAUUUUUCUUCGCGGUAUUAUUCGGAAUCGAAGUUGUCGUACAGGAUGCAGUCGCGUCAAGAUUACGUACGUGCCGGGAAUUUUCUGGGAUGCAACGACGCGACGGUAUCGAAAGCAACGAAUUCUUUUCUGCCGGCAGCUUUUGUGCCGCGAAGGCAAUCGAUUUCCAGGGAAUCGAACGUUCGUUCCAGCCGAUCGCUGACAAAAAGACGAGGGGGGAAAACGUUAAUCGAAGAGCCUCCCAAGUUAUCGCGUCUGAAACUUAUCUCGGACACGCAAUUUCUGCUCCGCUUUCCCGCCCGAUUGCUCCAGAUUCUACUUCCUAUACUUGCGCGUGUGUACGCGGCAAGAUAACGCGACAACCGAGUGGAUAAAUCGAGUUUGCCUCGUAACGGAGCUUAGGUGUGCGGCUAUUGUAAUCAUGGCUUCUCCAUUUCCUCUUAAUUGUCUCAUCGCGAUGGAGCGGUAGCCGAUAUCGAUACCCUGGAAUAUUACGCCGAUCAACCGAGACUUGAUUCCUCAAAAUUGCAAGCUUCUAACUCGAUUAGCCGUUUUCCGGCCGAUCGAGUAACCGAGCAACCAUCCAGCAUUUAAUAUUCAUAAUUUGUUGCAAGAAACCCGUUUGCAUCUCUAAAAGUCGACUCGAUUGGAUCCGUAACUUUAUUGCUUAUCCUCCUCUCUCCGUGUAGAGCAUUAAUCUUGAGCGACAGACAAAUCCCAUCCCAGGUAUAAUUAAAUUGUCUACAGAAAGGAUUAAUUAAAACCAACCAUUUCGAGCGUGCACGCGAUUAUCUUAUAUACCGUGGCGGAUCGUUAAAUCAACCGUAUUUGCGUGUAAAUGCGAAUGAGAUUGCGCAACCAGACAGCCGUGUAUGUAUAUGAUUGCAAAAAUAUCAAUUAAUAAUUAAACCUCCCUCUCUAAAUGUCGCAGCUUGGCAUAGAAGGCGUUAAUUCUUACACGAUCUCAGUGUAUGACUAUAUGUAUCGUCGAUCGAUUUCCAAUUAUAUCAAUAUGUAUGAAGGUGUAGAACGAUUUCCGGUUACUUGAAUCGGCCAGUACACCUGUGAUAGUCGGGACAGCAACACGGUAGAUGCAAAUUUUCAAGAGGCUGCGGAUAGGUCCCUGACCGAGCGGUUGCAACGCGCAUCGGUCGCAACUGAAUAUUCCAUUCGUAGUUGGAGGAAGUAGCGGGAGGAUGGUUGUAUAUGCGCAUAGGCUCGAACACCGGGGUUGCGGCUAUUCCGUCGACCGGCUCUCGAGGGUUGUUCAAGCGUCAAAGGGGUAGAACUGGAGCUCGAAUCACUCGAUAGACCGCACUGUUUCGUGUUAUUCUGUUAUUCGUGAUAAUAACCGAUUGAAUUAACUGCUUCCCAAGCGAACACGUUAGACGAUGGAUUGUUUUCUUAGCCCGUUCGUUGACGUCUCGGAUCGAUCCUUUCGGAAAUAACUUACGAGACGAAAUUCUGAAUGAGAAACCUUUCGAACUAUAUUGGGUUUUAAAGUGUCGUUCACCUGGGCUGGAGAGGGUCGAAUAAAAUUGGUUUCGUAUUGACUUUCUUAUUGAGAAAAUGGAUUUAGAACAGCCACAGUUAAUACUUAUUACUUUAAAUCUCAUCCUUUACUCUAUUUCAAAGUUUUAAGUUAAUAUAUUGGUAACUUCUAUAUUAGCCGCUAGGUGGGUGUCAGCGACUACUUUCUCGCAAGUACUCGCUCGCCAAUCCAUCACUAUCGGCGCUUAACUUCUUUAUUUCAUUUCCCAGAAGUAUCUGAUCCCUAGACUGGUAUAAAAAAAUAAAAAUCAUGCAUGAGCUAAAUAAAUUUCUAUGAAUGUGGUAUGAAAUAGUUUUAUGGAAAGUUCAGUCCGGCUGGUUGCGCGGACCGGUUAACGUUGAACCGUGGCCCAUGUGCGUGUCGAGGGGGUUGCGAGCCGUGUCAGGAUCGAGGGUAGGCGGCCGACGAACCUGGGGCGUCCAACAGACAGGGACGAAGGGCGAGAGGCUGGACUGGGGUGAGUCUAACCGGGGGAAGGACGCCGGGCGUCGCGGCGCAGCCUGCCGCACCCAGCAAAGCGCCUGCUCCCCUUGAACCGGCAAAACGUAUACCUGACGCAACCGAGGAGACGAGGAAAGCGCGUCGUUCUCGCGACACGCUGUUGCUAGGCGCUCGUUUUCCACCCUUGAUUCCGCUCCAGCCGUCUCGGGGCGCAACGUUUCAUCUUUUAAUACGUCGCCAAGUGAAAAACGUCCACUCGAGGCUCGGGUUCUUUCAACAUCCAAGGUCAACCCGCCGAACUCUCGGAUCCUGCGACACCGGGGCUAAUUCACGGGACGCGGCAUCGACCUUUGUACCUCGACCUUUGUUCCGCGUCACAUUCGAACGUGCUCGCGUUUACCGGCUCCGUCCUCAGUGUUUUUUGACAUUUCUACAAUUUUGUGAACUCGACUUUUCUUCUUUUUUUUUGCUACUUCGUGGGUGAUUGUGUGCAAAUGUGAAAUUAUGUAGUUGAUCGAGAGAUGAAGAUUUUUCGAACUCUGAGACGGGUAGUGACAUGAAAGAAUACUCGAACGAAAGUAACGAAUGAUCAAGAUAGAAAGAGACAUUUUAAUUGUUGAAAUUUGCGAACGGUGAUUCGUUUCACGAAGAAGACCAGAUAGAAAUCUACCGUUGCACCUGCGGUGCGUGUUUCCGGCGACGGUAUCGAUUCGAAAGUGGCGAUGCAGCAAGUGCACCGGAAGAGGAAGGAGCAUCGUCGAUGAACGAGGAAGACAUAUCAAAAUCCUGUGUAAAUCCUACCGGUGCCGACGCGACCGUUGAUUCGAGAGUAAAUUUUCAGUAGAUUCGAACAGAAAGAAAAUAAUCGAACUUGUAUCGCUUUCGCGAAGUUUGUUAUAGUGUUUGUUAUCGCGAUUCGUGCCGAUGAGAAAAGUGAUCAGCGGUGGGUGAUGAUCAGUGACCCACCGUUUCGAAUGAAGUGGUUUUAGGAUGAUGGUGGAGCGUGUUGAAGACCAUCUCUUCAUGUAUCGACGUCCCGUUUACCGGGUCUUCCAGUACCUCGAAACCACCGACCAUGAGGGGAUGAGCACUGGCGUGGGAGAUGGAGGUGGAGGUGGCGGUGGUGGUGUACAAGGAAGCGGGGGCGGAAGAAAUACGCCGCCCCAUGGAUCGCCCACCCCCAUGGAUAAAGCGACUUUGAAAGUCCAUCUACCUAACGGUGGUUUCAAUGUUGUUAAAUUCGGUGAUGCCAUCGAUGUAAGGGGUAUCAUUUCUUUGGUAACUAGUCGACUAGCUGCUGGUACAAGGCACUAUAGAAAUCUCUACGCCAUGAGGCUUCAUCAUCCUGGAUCGGGGGAGAGUUACUGGUUACACCAAGACACCACCAUGUACCAGGUUCAGGAGAAGUACGAAAAGAAACAUCCCCAUUGCGAGUGGAGGUAUGAACUAAGGGUGCGAUACCUACCCCAGAACCUAAACGAUUUGUACGAAAAGGAUAAAGUAACGUUCUACUAUUAUUACGAUCAGGUUCGAAAUGAUUAUCUGUGCGCGAACCACUCGGCUCUAGAUCAAGAUGUGGCUGUUCAAUUAUGCUGUCUAGAAAUUCGAUAUUUCUUCAAAGACAUGCAUCAGGUUGCGCUUGACAAGAAGAGUAAUCUCGAGUACCUAGAAAGAGAGGUUGGUCUGCACAAAUUUUUACCCCGGUCCGUAUUGAACGGAAUGAAACCAAAGGCUCUACGCAAACUGAUACAACAACACUUCAAAAAGGUAGCAGCAUUAUCUGAAUUAGAAUGCAUGUUCAAGUUCUUUGAUCUCUUAAGGGCACACUACAGAUUCGAUCAGGAAAGGUUCAUAUGUGCUUUGGGGUCAAGCUGGUCUAUACCCGUAGAACUAGUCAUUGGACCAGACUUAGGCAUAUCUUAUAUGGCUCACAGAGGCGGAACAGUGCCAACAAGAAUGGCAGAGUUCUCUCAGAUACAGUCUAUUCAGACCCUUGUAUCGGACUGUAAGGAACACGCGAAAGCGUGUAUUAAAUUAAGGGUAGCUGGGACUGCUGAAACGUUAAGUAUAACCUGUUCGAGUCUGGACCAAGCAGAAAGUUUAGCAGAUUUGAUCGACGGAUACUGUAGACUAGUUACCGGAAGUAACACCUCAUUAUGGAACAGAAAAGCUGCAUCGUGGAAAAACUAUCCCUGUCCAUGCAAAGACGCUCAUCCACCAAAAUACAGGCAAGAUGGAAGCACGAAUAGCCCAGAGAAAAAUGUUAGCAAAACUGGAACUAUUUUGUCAGAGGACUAUGCAGAAAUUGUGGACGAGGAAGGAGACUACUCAACUCCAGCUACCAAAGAUUAUGAAAUAGUAAGGAACCAAGUAGAACUGGGUGAAAUUAUCGGGGAGGGUCAAUUUGGUAAUGUACAUAAAGGUUCUUACAAAGGAAGGGACGGCCAGACCAUAGCGGUAGCAGUGAAAACUUGUAAAGUUGACGCGGACCUCGCUACGUCCGAGAAAUUCCUCGAAGAAGCUUAUAUAAUGCAACAAUUUGAGCAUCCUCAUAUUAUAAGAUUAAUUGGGGUGUGUUCAGAAGCACCGAUCUGGUUAGUAAUGGAAUUAGCUAGGUUGGGAGAGAUGCGAGCUUAUCUGCAGUCGAAUAAACAUCGUCUGGACCUCGCCACUCUUCUACUUUAUACUUUUCAACUAAGCACUGCCCUGUCUUACCUCGAAAGCAAGAAAUUCGUCCACAGAGACAUUGCUGCAAGAAACGUGCUAGUUUCUGCGCACAAUUGCGUUAAGUUAGCCGAUUUUGGCCUUAGUAGGUGGGUAGAAGAUCAAAGCUACUACACCGCAAGUAAAUGUAAGUUACCUAUAAAAUGGAUGGCGCCUGAAAGCAUAAAUUUUCGACGAUUUACAACAUCUUCUGAUGUCUGGAUGUUUGGUGUAUGCAUGUGGGAGAUUUUGAUGUUGGGCGUAAAGCCGUUUCAAGGUGUGAAAAACAACGAAGUGAUCCGUAAGUUGGAAAACGGUGAAAGACUUGCAUUACCAAAUCGCUGCCCACCACGAUUAUAUUCUUUGAUGUCUCAAUGCUGGAGUUACGAACCCAGCAAACGACCAACGUUCAAAGAAAUCAGAGAAACUUUGCAUGAAAUAUUACUAGAAGAAAAACAUCAACAGCAAGAAACGAUGAGACGAGAAAACAGGAGAGUACAAGCUAUGUCUUGGGGUGCAGACGAUGUACCGCCGCCGAAACCCUCGAGGCAACCUCAAAACGCGACGGAUCAAUCUCAGUUAACCGCCGUAGCGCCAGUUUCGACGUAUAUCGUUGCUCAAAGUCCUGAAGUUCUUGCACAACUUCUCAAGGAUAAUCAAAACAGGGGGGUAUGUCCCUCCGUGUACACAACUCCCGCCUCGGCUUUCAAUACCUUAGCAGUGCAGUUCCAAGACGAAGAUCAAGUCUUAACUACUGCCUUAGUUUCAGAUCUACCCUUUUUCGAUCCAGCUGCCUCAGAACCUUCUGUCUCUCAUGACACUCACUCAGGAGACUCCACCUUAUCCGACACAAACUUAGAUUCCCUCGAAUCCUCGGACACUCCUCUCAUGUCCAGCCUCAGUAUUUCAGAGACGGCGCAAGCUCAGUCACCCGCUGCCAAUAGAAAACAGCAGCAAAAGGUUAAAGAGAUGCAAAAUUUGUACGCGGUUAGUUCGAAAGUGGUCGGUAACGUCACCGGGGAUCUCUACUCUCCCGUUCAAAAGUUUUCUACGUCCAGCGCUAUUGCUGUUACAACUACCGCGGCUACUUGUGCCGAAAUAUAUGGGCCUGUCGCUAAUUUCACGCAAAGCUCCGCUAUCGUUGGUAAUCUCAGUCAAAGUCCCAGCGUAGGUGGUAAUUUCGGUGAGAAUCCUGGAAACUUUGGGCCUAGUAGCUUAACUAAUAUCGUAGGCUCGAAUAAUCAGAAUCAGUCCACCAGUUGUGGUCAAUUUUCUUCUAACAACACCAAUCAAUCGUUUAGCGUUGGUCAACCAAUAAGUCAGAAUGUUAGUUGUUCGCAAAGUUCUGCUGGCGUGUAUCCCCGUGCGCCUGUUGUUAGCUCAGCUAACACCGCUAUUCCUACGUCAGCCGCAGAAUGUCUUUACGGUCCUGUUUUAAAGUUUCGAGCACAAAACGUUCAGCAUCAAAAUGCGUCCGACUUGAAAUCUAUCAGUACCUCUGCUGGAUCCUGUAUGCCAAAUCCAAGGGCUAAUUUGGUCUACACUUCUACUUCCGGACAAAAUCUACAAGCCCAACCGUUGCACGCUCAAAACUAUCAACAUCAGCAAAUAUACUCGAACAUCAGCCAUCUAGGCUCGCAGCCAAUGUACUUGCCGCAGCAUGUGCAAAACAUCCAACGGCAGAAUCCCAUUCAUCAAGCAGUUUCUUACAUACCCGCGCAACACACCAGUCAACAAAGUCAAUCGACCGGCGCUAACCAACUUUACACGGCCCAUGCAACCUCCCUUGGUAUGGUGCAACCUCUAAAAGUUCAGGGUCCCGUGUACGCGCAACAAAUGCAACCUGGAAUAGCGAGUCAUGUACCGAGUUCUCAAGCAACCAGCGUGAAUCAGCAAUUGUCUUUUAGCAUGGCGCAAAGUCAUCAUCCUGUUCAAGUGCAUUUCACUGCCACGUCAGGUGCUACGGUUCAACAGGCUAACCAGCAGUAUAUUCAUCAAAGUAACAUCGUCAUGGGACAGCAAUCGUGUUCCAUUAACGCGACCCAACAGCAUGGUCAGGCACAGUGUAACGUUACCAAUCCAACUACUAGCGCGUCAAAUGCAACACAGUAUUUAGCACAACCAUCCAUGCAACCAGGAAUCGUAAGAUCUAGUACGCCUCAGAUAGCGACUGGUGUAGCAAAAAUCACUACGUUCGUAACUCAUAAGCAAGACGAACAAUUGACAAGCUCUACAGAUGGUACGCUGUCCGGAUCUCUGAUAUCGUCCGCUGUCAGUGACAGCACAAUGUCAUCGAGCAGCUCGAUGACAGAGGAGGCACAGCAAGAUCAGAGAACCGUACAAUCGCAGUUGUUCGACAACGUAGCAGAAAACUUCAACACCGGUGUGGACGAUGAACAAAAAUUGUUGGAACAACGACUCUUAGAGCAACAGCGUCAGUCUGAAGAGGAUAGUCGCUGGUUGGCUAGAGAAGAAAAACGUUUAUCAAUUGCAACGAGCGGAGACGAAAGCGCUAGUCCUCCAGUUCCACGUUCAGUCACGCAAUCACCAAAUCACGAGCAGCAUAGCGCUAAUACUGGUUCUUUAGGUUCUGAUAAGGGUAGCGAGAAAGUAAUCGUCGUAAAGAAAAUGGAACCAACACCUACUGCAGAUCUGGAUAGAACCAAUGACAAAGUGUAUGAUUCCACUACCAGUGUAGUUCGUGCGGUAAUGUCUCUUUCCCAAGGUGUGCAGCAGAGCAAAGCGGAACAAUACUUGGAGUUAGUACGUAAAGUAGGUAUUGAAUUAAAAGCCUUGCUUUCAUCUGUGGAUGCUUUGAUGGAUAUACUACCUAUAUCUGCUCAUCGCGAGGUAGAAAUGGCGCAUAAAGUUCUUAGCAAAGAUAUGGCAGAGCUUGUAACCGCUAUGAAACAAGCUCAGAAAUACAGCGCUACUACUUUAGACGUAGAAUAUCGAAAAGGAAUGUUGUCAGCAGCACACAUUUUAGCAAUGGACGCAAAGAAUCUGCUGGAUGUAAUCGAUUCGAUUCGUAUUCGUUACCCGUACGUAGAUAACCAGAUUUGUCAGAAGCAAAACAAUAUUAAUGCACCAAAAGAAUCUACGCCGGAAAACCGUAUUCGUUCCAGUCAAUCUGGAGAACAAUUUCUGAGGCGAAGUCAGUCGAGUGAACGUCAGGGUACGACGUUCAGACAGAGUCAAAGUGGUGAACUUUUACAUAGAAUGGGCCAAUCCGUCGAUCGCUCGCUUCAGGGUAGUCAAAGUGAUGUUAAUUCUAGCUCUAGUUUAGAAAGAAGGCAUCACAUUGUUACUAACAGUCUCGAACGUAAUUCAACGACCAGAAGACAAAUGACAACAAAUAGUUUAGAAAGAAAAAGACCAUCGUUGUCAUGUAAUAUCAGUCCUAUGAAUAAUUCAGUUAAUCUACCGCCAAUGGUACCAGUUACUUGUAAUUUAGUUCAAACAGUUCAUCAAAGUCAAACAGUGACGACAGGUGUUAAUCAACAGUCAGUGUUUGCGUCCAAUAAUAAAACAACAAAUGAAAGUGCGACAACUGAUAGCUAACAACGAGGUGCCUUGCAUUAAGGAAAACUUCGGAGAAAUAUUUGUAUGUACAUAGAUAACGUCCUGCAAGUUACCCAUCUAUAUCUCGCGCAUAACUCAGCAGCAAGAGAUUUAGUAUUUGCGCUUUAUAGCUCUUUUUAACAUUUAACAGACUUUGUCUAAACGUACUUAUAGAUAAGACAGUAUUCAUUAGAUGUAGAGGUAGAUUAUUGUUAAGAGAUGUAAGUUAUAACUACGAAGAAAUCACUCCAAAGCUUUAGAAUUAUUGUUAAUUUGUUAUUGUAUAACAAAGCUGUACAUGGGGUGACGCAAAAGGCACCCUCAAGCAUAAAGAAUUGCAUGCAAUUCUUCCAUUCAUACGAACUUAGUAUCCAACAGAUAACACGCUUAAAUUUUCUCGCACAUGUUUUAAUAUUAUUUAAAAUAAAUUAUAUAAAAUUCAUCAUCGCAAUGUCAUGACGUAUACGACCUAUUAAUCCAGAGAUUGUCUUAUUGCAUCACCCUAUAGGUAGUUGAAUAAUUCUAUAUACAUAUAUAUAUAUAUUAUAUUUAUAAAUGUAUAUU